UAUACAAAGUGAAACUAAGGAAUACAUAUUGUACGCGAAAAAUACUUUAAGAUGUCAAUUGGAUGCAGCAAAAUCAGAAAAACACUAACAUCGAAAUUGGGGAACAACCGCAACAAUUACAUCAACAGCAACAACAUCAACAACAAUAUGGAGAAGUAAAUCAAUUAGGCGGUGUAUUCGUUAAUGGAAGACCACUUCCCAAUGCAGUCAGAUUGAGAAUAGUGGAGCUUGCACAAUUAGGAAUCAGACCAUGUGAUAUCUCACGUCAAUUACGUGUUAGUCACGGAUGUGUCAGUAAAAUAUUGGCUCGGUAUCACGAAACGGGUAGUAUUCUACCAGGCGCAAUUGGUGGCAGCAAGCCACGUGUGACUACACCAAAAGUUGUGCAGUACAUAAAGCAAUUGAAAUUAAAAGAUCCAGGGAUUUUUGCAUGGGAGAUCAGAGAUCGAUUAUUGUCUGAUGGCAUUUGCGACAAAUAUAACGUCCCAUCAGUAUCCAGUAUAUCAAGAAUAUUAAGAAAUAAAGUUGGCACAACAACAACUAUGCAUCAUUCACAUCAUUCAGCUCAUCAUCAUCAUCAUCAUCAUCAUUUUUAUGCAGCUGCAGCAGCGGCUAGUGCAGCUCUUUGUCCAGUGCCGUAUCCACCGACAUCUUAUCAUCCGACAGCGCCGCCUUCCAUUCCACAUCAUCAUCAUCAAGUUGGACCAUCAUCGGGGAGUAAACUGUCAUCAUCGUCUCCUCCAGCAGUACAUGAUAAUGGUGGACAUCAAACAACUAUCAACAACUCUUUGCAAUGGCCUAGUCCUCAUACUGUACAUGACAUUCUGGCUAAUAGUUGUAAUGUACAGAACUCGUCGUCUUCUUCACCAACUUCAUCAUUAUGCUCCACGAUCAAUAAUAAUCAUCAUCACAAUCGUCGUGAUGACAAUUCUGUUAACAAUGAUAAUAACAGUAAUAAUGAGAAUAAUAAUGAUGAUAGAAUAUCGGGCGGUUAUCUUCACCAUCAUCAUUCUCAUCUAGCACAUCAACAGUAUUACGCAUCAGCGCUGUAUCAUCAUCAUCAUCAUCAUCGUACAGAUGCUGUGACAGCAGCAACCAUAUCAUCUACACUUUCUGUACAAGCCAUUAUGUUGCAGUCAGGAACAACAAAUCAUCCAGCCAGCCCUUGCAAUUAG